UUUCUCCCUUUUUGCAGAACUCUUCUGUACUGUGCAGAGUAUUUGUUAAACCUCAUGGUGGAAACAGCUUAUCAGAGAUUGGUUUAAGUUCGGUUGCAGAAGAAAGUGUUUCUGCUGUACGUCACAUCGGUGUUCAGCAUGAUGGCUUUCUUACGCCUAACAUUGUUGAAGCUAAAGAGAAUAAUGAAAAACAUGUUGACAGGAAAAAUGAUGGAUCAGAAAUUGAAAUAAAAUUGGUUAGUCAGCUAGAUAAUCAUGCCAGCUCUAGGCUUGUUUCUCUACCCUGCUUUCAAUUUCCGGCUGGCAACCCACCCAACAAGCAGGUUGGUUCAUCUGGGUUUGCUAGUGGUGCCAUGUUUGCUGCAGCCUCACAAUUACUAUCAAUUCUGGAGGAAGAUUUCAUAGAGUUGGAUGAUCUUGUGCAUUGAUUGUCCAUGAUAACUUUGAAGUAUGUUUGGAUACACAUCAAGAUACUUGAAUCAAUUUACUGUUGAUACAAUGCUAAAUGUGAUGAAUUAAGUUACUGUUGAAACAAUGGAAAUGAGGUGAUCUAUGUUAUUGUUGAUAAAAUAAAAAUGAGGUGAAUUAUGUUACUAUUGAUACAAUGGAAAUGAGGUGAAUUAUGCUACUGUGUAUACAUUGGAAAUGAGGUGAUUUAAGCUAUUGUUGAUAUAAUGGAUCCGAUAUAGGAUUUAACUUCCAGCAAAAGAAAGAGGGUUUUCAUGACCCACCUAAAGAAUUACACGCAGUUUAUUUAUUGAAGAAAACAUGUCAAACUUUAGAUGAGGAAAUGUACUGUCAUUCUUGAAGUUGAGAGAGAUUUUUCAGCGGGACUGCUUUGCUUGUCAAGAUUCAUCUUAAAGUCGUGGGCAUUUUGCCCUAAUAAAAAUGAUCAAGAUCUUGAUUGAUUGGAUGAUGGCAAGUCGAAAUCAAUUUUAGUAUCAGCUGCUUCACCUGGCUUGUUCAUCUUAAAUUUUAUCUGUUGAUGGUGGAGUUCUGUAUCACUUUCAUUGUUGGAAAAUCAACUUUUCCCGCGCAUUACUCUGAAGCCUUGCUUUGACAAGGUCUCUAUUCCUUUAAAAUAUUCUGUUUUUUUUUUUAUGAACUUUCUUUGUGCAGAAGUAGUUAAAGUUAUCUCAAUUAUGGAUUUUUCUAGAAGGCCAACUUACUGCUUUGGCAGAUGAAUUAUCGUAAGUUAUGGAUUCUAAAAACUUUCUGCCAUGGGGUUAUAUUCAGAUUCUUAAUUAUGGUUCAUUACUUUGUACUCUCUUCCUAACAGCAGACCUGUAUAUGGGAAGUGCUUAUGUUAUGGCAUUAAAUAAGAUGGUGACAAAUUAUUUAUGAUUACCUGAACUGAUAACAAAUGACUUGUCAUGUUUCUCUCUUUAUAUUUGAUAGGAGAUAUGUUUUUCUGCUUGUUUUUCUUAAUUGUUCAGUGUUAAUGUCCAUAUUUAUGUGUCAUAAUUGUUAGCUUGUACAUUGCCAUUCCAUUUGUUCAUAUGUGUUGUUUUGUUAGAUGCACCAAAAUUAGUAAUUUAAUUAAUUUUUUAUUUAUUUUAAUUUGUCGUGUCAGACUGACUAGUACACCUUACCUUAAGGCCCCCGAUACGGCCUGCAUGACCUGCGGGCUUAACAUGGCCCGUAAUUUUGCAGACUAUCCCUGCAGGCCGUGCAAAAACAGGGAGCUUAGCCAUACAUAGGCCGUCCAACAUCCUAAACAUGUGUAUUCCGGGUUCAUAGUGUACUGGGUGUUUGGGCCAUUAAAGUCAAGCCUGCUCUCCAUUUUCCAAGUAACAAGUCUCUUUUCACUAGUUUUUUCUUGGCUGUCAGGAUAAGAGUCAGAUACCUGACACGUGUAGGACAAUGAUAUUUGACAGUCCUAUUGGACCAAUGACAAGUAAAGAAAACAUGCACCGUUGUUACACAGUAUCAAAUCUAUUGCAGAAAGAAACUUCAUGAGCACGCUUCUUGGUCACUCUGUUUAAAACCUGAAGAAAAUUUCCCAUUCUGACUCUUCUUGUUAGAUUUUUACCAUAACUGUGCAAAAGGCAUCCAAUGGGAGACACCAACGACAACAGCAACAACGAUAACAGAGCUAAAGCAAUGUCAUUUUCACUUCCUCCAGGUUGCCGAUUCUACCCUUCUGAUGAACAGAUUCUCAGUUAUUACCUCACUAACAAAAACUCAAAUGCUGAUAAACCCGGUAAUCCGUUCAGUUAUGAUUUGAUAAAAGAACUAGAUUUGUUUGAGUAUCAACCUUUUGAGUUACCGGAGAGGGUGUGUUAUACGUACGGUCGCGGAGGAAGGAAGAGGCAUUGGUACUGUUACUGCAAAGUUGAGGCUAGAAAGGGAAGAAAAAGUUGUGAGGUUAAGAAUGGGUAUUGGAGAAAGAAAGGGACAGUUAGGGAAGUAGUGAAGAGUAAUAAUGAAGGAGGGAAUGUUAUUUUGGGGAGGAAAACAAGUUUUGUGUUUUAUUUGGGGGAUUCAAUGGAAACUGCUGUGAGGACUGAUUGGAUCAUGUAUGAGUAUGCACUUGUUCACCAUAUCAAGAACUCUUUUGUACUCUGCAGAGUAUUUGUUAAAUCUCCUGGCGGAAACAGGUUAUCAGAGAUUGGUUUAAGUUUGGUUGCAGAAGAAAGUGUUCCUGCUGUACGUCACAUUGGUGUUCAGCAUGAUGGAUUUGUUACGCCUAACAUUGUUGAAGCUAAAGAGAAUGAUGAAAAAUAUGUUGACAGGAAAAAUGAUAGUCAGCUAGAUAAUUAUGCCAGCUCUAGGCCUGUUUCUCAUCCCUGUUUUCAAUUUCCGGCUGGCACCCCACCCGACAAGCAGGUCGGUUCUUCUGGUUUUGCUAGUGGUGCCAUGUUUGCUGCAGCCCCACAAUUUCUAUCAAUUCUUGAGGAAGAUUUCAUGGAAUUGGAUGAUCUUGUGCAUUGAUUGUCCAUGAUGACUUUGAAGUACAUUCAGAUUCUUAAUUAUGGUUCCUUACUAUAUACUCUCUUCCUAACACAGACCUGUGAAUUGGAAGUGCUUAUUAUGUUAUGGGUAUACAAAAGAAGGAACAAUUCUGGAAACUCUCCGACAGCUCAAGUCUCAGCCAUGACAGUUGGAAUUCCAAAUCAGCCUUACCUGGAUAAUGGAAGCAAAUUAUCAGUGUCUGUCUUGGAUAAGCAUUUGGGAUAAGACAGACAGCUCAUUCUCAUCUAUGCUACCAAAUAAGCAGGAUUGGUUACAGACAGCUCAUUCUCAUCUAUAUUACCAAAUAAGCAAGAUUGCAUUACCAAAUAAGCCAGAUUUGAGCGAAGGAAUUCAGCUAUAAAAGUGGCAGCAAGCAAUGUAAGCAGGCAUCAAGGAAAUACAAACUAAAAAGGCUUUAGGGGUGCUUAGGCCUAGGGAGGAAGCUGGCAGGAUAUAGCCAGAUUCCUUGGGUGUUUAGGGUGUUUAUCUUUUGGUGUUUCAGUAAUAAUCUUUUGGUGAUUCAGUUGUGUAUUCAGAAUAAAACACAAACCAUUUGAGUUGUAAUCCUUUUAUUAUCAAUAAAGCCAAUCUCAUUACAUUGUGUCCUUGAAUUCA